AUGGCGGACAGGCUAACGCAGCUCCAGGAUGCGGUCAAUUCGCUCGCAGAUCAGUUUUGCAACGCGAUCGGCGUCCUCCAGCAAUGUGCACCUCCCGCCUCCUUCAACAACAUACAGACAGCCAUCAACAAAGACCAGCCGGCGAACCCAACGGAAGAGUACGCUCAGCUGUUCGCGGCGCUGAUCGCCAGAACAGCCAAAGACGUUGACGUGUUGAUCGACUCCCUGCCCAGCGAGGAAUCCACUGCGGCUCUGCAAGCUGCCAGUCUCCGCCAGCUGGAGGAGGAGAACCACGAGGCGGCGGCGCGGCUGGAGGAGGUGGUGUACCGCGGCGACAUGCUGCUGGAGAAGAUCCAGAGCGCCCUGGCCGACAUCGCCCAGUCUCAGCUCCGCACUCGCAGCGGCACGCCCAGCCAGCCCUCGCCUGCCGAGUCAUGACCCCCACCGCCGCCACCACCACCACCA